AUAUUUAAUAAAAAAAAAGAAUAAGAAGAAACUUCAGUCGCCAUUGCGAUUUUUCACGAAAAAAAAGUCACAAAUCGCGGAAAAAUUCCAGAAAAAGGCAAGAAAAGUGCAUUGUUGUGUGGUGAAAUUGUGCAAAAUAGCAUCCAACACGUCGUGUGAGUCAGCACGGGAAUGUGGUGGAAGGCCCCUGAUGAUAUGAUUAGAAGAGUCCCAGGCGUUGAACAACUGCUUUUUGAUACGGAGAAAAAUGAUAUUCCGUCUUGAUCCUGACGUCAUUGAAGAAAAUGGUGAAGUAAUUUGACGAAGCUAAGGCGAGAAUACCAGAGAAGAACCCAGAAUUACCAACUAGCGUUGUGAGAAUAUCGAGAAAAUAUUGCAUUUCAUAAUGGAAUGUUCCAGCACAAAUCAUCAUCAACUUUACAGGUCCCUCCUGUCAACAGCUAAACACCUGGAUGAACAGAAAUCGGAGAAUCUCAUGCAGUUGUUGGGUGAAGAUGUGAAGCAGAAGCGAAUGUCUUUGGUGCGAAAGUGUGAAUAUCUAAUUCAGCAGGGUGAUGAGAGUAUUAGUCCAAAGGCGAGAAUUCUGUUGUGGCGUAAGGGCUUCUAUGAGCCCAUAGCUCUGGCAAAGCGUCUUGUUCGCAAUCAAAUACCAACCCUUGAUGAAAUGAAGCGUCUUGAGGAAUUCAUCUUGAAUGCCAUUGAGUGCCUUAAGGGCAUCUUAAUGACUGUGGAAGGACGUUUUGAUCUUGAUCUCAAGUUUCUCAUUGAUCUGAGUCUCUUUGAUGGUGACGAAGUGAAAUGUGAGAAAAUUGAAUGUUUGACUGUUGGUUUGAGGAGUUAUGCUUUGGAUACCAUUCAUGCUUUAGCCAUUUCCCUGGGUGAUUUGCAUAGAUACUAUUUGGAUUUUGGUUUUGGAGAAUUAUUGGGCAAUGGUGGUGGUGGUAUUGGACCAGAGAAAGCAGCAGCAUUCUAUUUUGAGGCUUUUAAGCUCAAUCCAAAGGUGGGAAUGCCACAGAAUCAACUUGGAACUCUCCUUACUGGACAUAAUCACAAUUUAGAUGCUGUUUAUCAUUAUUUCUAUGCUCUGGUGUGUCCAGUGCCAUUUGAUUUGAGUGAAGACAAUGUGACGAAGAUCCUCCUUGAGAAUGUCAAUUACCUUGAGCAUUUGGAUAUUGAAAAUGAGGAAGAUUAUCAAGUGACUGUUGCGGAUUUUCUGGCACGUUUCAUUUUGAUUGUGGAUAUUUUCUUCUAUGACAAGGAUGUGGCAGAUUUUAGUGGACUUUGUCAUGCUUUUCUAGUGGAUCUCAAGUGGCUGUUGGAGGAAAUGAGGCAGCUACUGACAUCGGAUAUGCUUUUUAAAAUUGUGGCUAUUCUCUUGUUUUGCAUGGUGAAGUUGCAGCGAAUGAAUUCUGAUAAAGUUCACCAUCUAAAUGCAUUUCUUCUGGCCAUUUGUGCCCAAUUGAUUGGUUCGUGCAUUGCCCAAGUUGAGGCAUUUGUGGCAUCGCGAGAGGAGCAAAAUAAUCAAUUCCGUGAGAUCUACCUGGAACACUAUGAGGCAUAUGAUCAGACAGUUCGGGAGGCUCGUCGAGUGCGUCAGAAGAUGAUUGAUAAUAAUGUGACAAAGAUACCUUCAGCUUCAUCCUAUUCUGAUCGCAAUAGCCUCUCAGUGGGUGGAUCCAGUCAGAUGGAAAAAGGAAAUCAUCAGCCGGUUGCAAAGGAAGAAAUCAAAAAAGUGAAAUGCAAUAAAUUGCGACGUCGAAGAAAGAGACGACAAUCUUCAAGUUCAUCAGAGAGUGAUUUAACUUCAAAUUUUGACACAGAUUCCGAUUCAUCUGAUAUUUCUUCAGUUCUCUCCGAUUCUGACGAUGAGGAAGAGGAUGAAGAUGAACUGAAAUUGCCCGAAAAAGAUGUCAAAAUUCCAGAAAAAGAUUUUUCCAUGAUUAAUCUCAAUGGAUUGACAUUCAAUGAGGUACAGAAUAAUGUUGAAGAUGAUGAGGAGGAUAUUGUGGUGGAGGAAGAGACAAUUGUCUAUGCAGGUGCUGAGAAUCUUCCCGAAGUUAAUGUGGAGAUUGAAAAAGAAGAUGAAAACCCAACGGAAAUGCCGAAAAAAAUGAAAUUUAAGCAAAAAUUUCACAAACUUGAUCCGAAUAUCACGGUAGAAUUUGCCCAAACAGAAAUAACCCUUCAAGCUCUCAAAGUUCUCUUUGAUUGGCUGAAAAAUAAUCGUGAUAUUGUCAUAAGUUGUCAUCAGACAAAUCCUGAAUUUAUCCAUCAAACCAUGAUCCUUCUCAAUCACUUCAAUAUUGAUAUUUUCACCAGUAAGGUCUUCUUUGAGCGACAAAUGCUUCAAAUGGCUGGAUUACGGGAUGAUCUUCGUGGAUUAUUUGAUGAGAGACUUCGUAUUCCAAUUCAUGAAGAUACGGCACUCAAGCAUUUUGUCCUCUUUCACACCAAUCAGGAGCAUCUUGAUUGGGAAAUGUCUGCAAGAUUGGCCGUGACAAAAGCCGAGGAAAAUCUCCUGAGACUAUUCAAAAUGCUAGAUUUUGGUUUCUACAUUUGCAGAACGUAUAAAUUCAACUAUGUCUUCUGCACCAAAGGGAGAAUUUUCAUGGAGAAAUUCUUGGCUAAGAGACGCACAAAGCGUCUAAAAGGAAAAAAUACAGAUACAUCGAGACGUCGUCAUGGUCGAAAUCGUACGGAGAAUAAUCGUAUCCGGAAGGUGAUGAGUGAUGAUGCAUCCGAGGAAGAUGCCGAAAGUAGUGGAGGACGUAAGAAUUUGCCAGCCAAAAAGGGUUACCUGAGAAAUCGCAAUGGAAGCAGUAUGGGCAAUGUGGUCGAAAGCGAGGACGGUGACAGGAAAAUUGAGAAUGGUGACAAAAGCCAGAAGUAUGCAUUGAUGGGAAAACUCUGGUUGCGCAGCGAGGUCAAAUCUCUGGAGUCCAAGAUUAAGCGACCAAAUGGACUUCAUCUAACGCCCUAUUUGAUGAUGGACUCAAAAUCUCUCACGGAAUACCAGACAACUGUUAAGAAUUUGGUGAAAGCUCGUAAGUUUGUGGUUUUGAUACCGAAUGCUGUUCUCUCGGAAUUGGAUGAAUUGAAGAAGCAUAGCGAUCGCGCUAGGAAUGUUAUCAGAUGGUUAGAGCAGGAGUUUAGUAAGGGUAAUCGCUUCCUUCGUUCUCAGCGAGAUCAUGAGACUCUUCCUCUGCCAUUAAUUAAGACGCCCAAGAAAAUUGACCGAGAAGCUUCUGUCUUCCUGCAGAUCGCUCAAUUUUGCAACUAUAUCGUUACGAAUCAGAUGAAUCCGGAUACAAAUGCUGAUGUUGUGACUCUGCUGACUGGUGAGAAUUUGGUGGAGAAGAAGUGUCCCCAUUUCAGCUAUUACGGCAUCCUCAAUUCGAUUCCUGUAAAAUUUGACCAAAUUCAGGGAUUCUAUGCCAAGUACAGGAAGAAGUGAAUCAACAAGGGAUCACAAUAUGGAUAAAAUAUGGAUUCACUUGAAAUCACAAAUAACAUUGCAAGCAAUCUGUCCAAGUUGGCACACAGUCGUCAGCCAAACUGUGAGAGCCAUGGAGAAUGUGGAGAGUGAUUGAGGAAUUGAGGAGUUGUCUCUUUUUCCCCAGGAUUUCACCAGGAGAACAGGAAAAGCGUGACUAAUACGCAUCUUUUUCUCCUGAAUUUUUCAAAUUUCCAUGGUGAUCCUUCUGUAUUUUGUUUCUUGGACAGAGAAAGCGCGCGCGUGUGGUGAGGAAAAUAAAUGAUCUGGAGACCUGUCUUUCCCCGAUAAAUGAAGAAAGAAAAAAAAUCACCCAUGAAGAGAUGUUCCAGAUGGUUGCAGAAUAUUGUCCCGUCUUAUUCGGUGCGAAAUAGCUGUUCUGAUGUUUUUCAACUAUAUAUAUGUAUACAUUUUUGUCUCUGAGAGUCCUCUACUCUUCUCAUCUUUAUUCACUUUUGUUUUCUGUUCAAAUAUUUUUAAAUAAUCCUACUUUUUUUUGUCUUUUCUCCUUCGUUUUUAUGAUGAUGUUGAAUCUAAUAAACUGUAAGAAAAACUUGAAAAAAAAAUUGAUGGAAUAAAAAUUGAAAUACUAAUAUGAA